AACGUCGAAAAUGUGGGCAGAGCGUACGAAUAGUGAUGAAAUUUUAUCGUAUUUAUUAUAACGAUUGAAUCAUGCAAUCAUGUGGUCGAUGAGGCAUGAAACGAUGACCCGCGAUGAAUGCAGAAAAUGUUUACGAUGUUUAGUCGCAAAAUAGAGUUAUACACAUUGGAAGUAUAAUUUUAAUUAUAAAGCACGCAUUGAAUAUAUUAUAAUACGCGUGAUUUAUAUCAUUGAGAAAUAGAAAAUGGAAAGAUCAGCUGAAGAACAGUAUUCGAUUAUCAUCAUUAUUUAUGAUUAGUUAGAUGCUUAUGGAAGUAUGGUGUCUGUGUUACGUGCACAAGGUCCUUUCACUAAUGAGAAACAAAAAUUAUUACAAGAACUCGCUAAAGUUUUACAUAUUUCUAAUGAAAGACAUCGUGCUGAAGUGCGGAGAGCUGUUAACGAUGAAAAGCUAGCAACAAUAGCUGAACAGUUAAAUGGUCCAAAUACUGGUACAGAUUGGACUAUCGAAGGGCGUCGUGUUAUUCCACUUUUACCAAGGUUAAAAGCUCGAUCUGCUUUCACAACAUUAGCAAACAGCUUGGCCCUUGCAACAUCAGCGGCAAACAAAAGGAACCUUCCUGUUCACGAAAAAAUGGAGGAUGCAAAAGAUAUUAGAAGUGAAUCUCCAGUGAAGAUAAAAGUACAAGAAAAAUUGCUUAGCAAUUCUGAGUUUUUGCUUAACAAAGAUAAAUUAAGCAAUGAAAAUGUAGUAAACGAGGAAUUAAAUAAGGAUAAAGAUGUAAAUAAUGAAAGUAAUACUUUUGAGGUCAGUGAAAAGUGUAGUGUUUCUGAAAAACGUAAACCUUCUUCUCCUUUGCAAUCACUUCCAAGCAAGGUUCUAGUAGUGUCUUCAAGUUCGGUAGGAACUUUGAAUCAUGGUACUGCUGAAAAAGGAUCGCUUGAAAAUACUAUUCAUUUAUCACGAAUACCAACAAAUUCAUUACAGCAUCAAAAUGUCACGAUAAUACCACUUAAUAUUAAUUGCGGAGAAAAUGUUACAGAUUGUAAAGAGUCAACAGUACAAGAAAAUGCCAGUGGUCGUUCAGAAAAAUCAUCUGGCAAUCUUGUAAAUGCAGUAAUCCCAGUAGGUACAACGAAUAUUACGAAAACUAAAGGAAGAAUAAUUACAACCCAGAAUAAGCUUAAUACAAAAAUUGGAUCUGCAAUUUUAAUGUCUAAUAACGUAUCAUGUGCAUCAGAAAAUAAUUCACAAUCUGAUACUCAGGAUACAUCAAACCAGGAUAGUUUAAGUUCUAAAGUAUCAUCCAUAUCUCAUAAUUUACAAAAGACAUUGAACGCUGAUAAUUCAAAUUCAGUUGUUAGCCAUACAAAGCGUAUUAUACCAGUGAUACAUUCUAACGUAAAACCUCCCAUAACUAAGGCUAUUACAUCAAAUAAUCCACAUCAACUUAUGGCUGUAUGUCCUGUUACAACUGUUUCCAAUGGACCAGGACCACCCCAAGCGAAGCAAGUAACAACACUGACUUGUAAAAAGUUACCUACGACACUCAGUAAUCAAACCACUGCCAAAAUGGGUGUUACAUUAAACUCUAAUACAACUGUAAAUAUAGCUCACCAUCCUGACACGAAAUUAGGUUCUAAAACAAACGUGAUCGUUAUACAAAAGGGUCAAACCAAAGGUGUAACUCUUUCUCAUGCUGGCAAGGAAGUAUUGGGAACCAUGAUAAUGGGUGGAAAGAGUUUAUGUGUCACAAAUCAACACAACGCCUCCAUUAGUGUGCUACCACGUCAUAUUACAUUAAAUAACGGAGAUCAAGCUGUAACUAUGUUAUCUACAACAAAUUCAUCUCAUACAGAAUCUGUAACAUCCAAUAUAAAGUCUGGUAAUACCAUUAUGUUCAAUCUUCGACAGGAUGUUUUAGAAAAAAAUAAAACAUUAUCUCAUCUCUUUGAAUCAUCUAACGUUCUUACCUCUGAAUCUAAGACUGUGAUACAAAAUACAAAUGCUCGUCUUUCGAAAGAACCAAGUAACAGUGAUUUACAUGUACAGGAUAAAGAAUUAGUUGUAAAAACCGAUGCUGUAAUUACUACUGUUAAAGAUGAAAAACACAGGAAAGUAAAAAUAUAUAUGCAAACGCAAAUUUUUUGUUUAAAGAAUUCUGUGGAUCCUAUAAAAUGUUCAAAAAGUAAACAAAUACUUUCAAAUUCAAAGUAAUAUGUAAAUACAUAA